GGUGCAUUUGGAGCUCUUCAGAAAAUAUGUGAAGAUUCUGCUGAGAUUUUAGAUAGUGAUCUAUUGGAUCGACCACUCAAUAUCAUGAUUCCUAAAUUCUUACAGUUCUUCAAGCACAGCAGUCCAAAAAUAAGGUCCCAUGCUGUUGCAUGUGUCAAUCAAUUUAUCAUCAGCAGAACUCAAGCUCUUAUGUCGCAUAUAGAUUCUUUUAUUGAGAAUCUUUUUGCGUUGGCUGGUGAUGAGGAACCUGAAGUUCGCAAAAACGUUUGCCGUGCUUUGGUAAUGUUGCUGGACGUUCGAAUGGAUCGCCUUCUUCCUCAUAUGAUUAGUAUAGUUGAAUACAUGCUUCAGAGGACACAGGACCAAGAUGAAAACGUAGCUUUGGAGGCUUGUGAGUUUUGGCUGACUUUGGCUGAACAGCCAAUUUGUAAAGAUGUAUUAUGUCGGCAUCUUACUAAGCUGAUACCCGUGCUGGUAAAUGGUAUGAAAUAUUCAGAGAUAGAUAUUAUUCUGUUGAAGGGGGAUGUCGAAGAAGAUGAAGCAAUUCCAGAUAGUGAACAGGACAUAAGACCUCGCUUUCAUCGCUCACGAACAGUGGCACAGCAGCAUGGUAUUGAAGAUGGUACUGAAGAUGACGAUGACGACGAUGAACUUGAUGAUGAUACUAUUUCUGACUGGAAUCUAAGGAAAUGUUCUGCUGCUGCUCUAGAUGUCCUGGCCAAUGUAUUUCGUGAUGAACUUCUGCCACACAUCUUGCCCCUUUUGAAGGAAUUGCUCUUCCACCCAGAAUGGGUAGUCAAAGAAUCUGGCAUUCUUGUUCUUGGAGCAAUUGCUGAAGGCUGCAUGCAGGGUAUGAUUCCAUAUCUUCCUGAGCUGAUCCCUCACCUUAUUCAGUGCCUCUCCGACAAAAAGGCUCUUGUGCGCUCCAUCACCUGCUGGACGCUUAGUCGCUAUGCACACUGGGUAGUUAGCCAGCCCCCAGACACUUACUUGAAGCCAUUAAUGACCGAGUUGCUAAAGCGCAUCCUGGAUAGCAACAAGAGAGUACAAGAAGCUGCCUGCACAUGCCUUCUUACUCUAGAAGAGGAGGCUUGUACAGAGCUUGUUCCUUACCUUGCUUAUAUACUUGAUACUUUGGUCUUUGCAUUUAGUAAAUAUCAGCAUAAAAACCUGCUCAUUCUUUAUGAUGCUAUAGGAACUCUGGCAGAUUCUGUAGGACAUCAUCUAAACAAACCAGAAUAUAUUCAGAUGUUAAUGCCUCCAUUAAUUCAUAAAUGGAACAUGUUGAAGGAUGAAGAUAAAGAUCUUUUCCCUUUAUUAGAGUGCCUGUCGUCAGUUGCUACUGCCUUGCAAUCUGGCUUCCUUCCAUACUGUGAACCUGUGUACCAGCGUUGUGUAAAUCUGGUGCAGAAGACCCUUGCACAAGCCAUGUUGCACAAUGCUCAGCCAGACCAAUAUGAGGCUCCAGAUAAAGACUUCAUGAUUGUGGCUCUUGAUCUGCUUAGUGGUUUAGCUGAAGGGCUUGGAGGCAACAUUGAACAGCUAGUGGCUCGCAGCAAUAUCCUGACACUAAUGUACCAAUGCAUGCAGGAUAAGAUGCCUGAGGUACGGCAGAGUUCUUUUGCAUUGCUAGGUGAUCUGACAAAGGCAUGUUUUCAGCAUGUUAAGCCUUGCAUCGCUGAUUUCAUGCCCAUUUUGGGAACCAACUUAAAUCCUGAAUUCAUUUCUGUGUGCAACAAUGCCACCUGGGCGAUCGGAGAAAUCUCCAUUCAGAUGGGUAUAGAGAUGCAGCCUUAUAUUCCAAUGGUGUUACACCAGCUCAUAGAAAUAAUAAACAGACCCAACACGCCAAAGACGUUGUUAGAGAACACAGCAAUAACAAUUGGUCGUCUUGGUUACGUUUGUCCUCAAGAGGUGGCCCCCAUGCUACAGCAGUUUAUAAGACCCUGGUGCACUUCUCUGCGAAACAUAAGGGACAAUGAGGAAAAGGAUUCAGCCUUCCGGGGGAUAUGUACCAUGAUAUCAGUCAACCCCAGUGGAGUAGUCCAAGACUUUAUUUUUUUUUGUGAUGCUGUUGCAUCAUGGAUUAGCCCAAAAGAUGAUCUUCGAGACAUGUUCUGUAAGGGAGAAAGGAACAAUGGCUUUGACAUCCUGUAUCACAACAUGAAACAUGGACACUUGUCAACAAAAGAUUUAGCGGAAUUUAUCAGAGAAAGAGCUACAAUAGAGGAGGCGUACUCAAGGUCAAUGACAAAACUAGCCAAAUCAGCAAGCAAUUACACACAACUUGGGACAUUUGCACCUGUUUGGGAUGUUUUCAAAACCUCAACAGAAAAACUAGCAAGCUGUCACUUGGAUCUUGUACGAAGAUUACAAGAGAUAAUAAAAGAAGUUCACAAGUAUGGAGAUGAACAAAUUAAAGCUUAUAAGAAGACUAAAGAAGUUGUUUCAGGAACAUUGGAAGCAGUGCAAAAUAUUCAAAGUAUCACUCAGGCCUUACAAAAGUCAAAGGAAAACUACAACACAAAGUGUGUCGAGCAAGAACGAUUGAAAAAAGAAGGCGCAACCCAGAGAGAGGUUGAUAAG